AAACGAUCACGUGACCAUCGUCCGUCAUUGGUUGAUACGGAUACGAUAUGCAUAAUGUUUUAAGGAGCAACUAAAGCCUUGGACUUCACCUAUUGGGAUUACAAACUUGUUAAUACAUGUAUAUAUAUAUUUACCAAAUAUGUGAAGUUUAAUUAACUGAUUAGCUGUGGAGUUUAUUUAUUUACAAAAUAGUUUAUUUAUUUUAAGUUUUAUUUAGUUAUUCAUUUAUUUAUUUUCUUCUUUUAUGUUUGUUUGGUCUCGAUACCGGAAUUAUUCAUUUAGAUAUUUUCAAUUAUAACGACAUGGAACAUGAGUGUGAGACAGAGACGGAAGAACAGGAGGAAUACACGGCGAUAUACACUGUGUCUAGACGGACACACACGCGUACGAGAGGCAAAUGUAGUCGAACGAAAAGUGGAAAGAAUGAGCAAUCACAAGCAAAGAAGAAUUUAAAUGUGUUUUUAGAAGGACAUUUACCUCCCGUCAUAUUCUCUCCGCGGAACCAAUCAGAACCUCCAAAGACGUCCUCAGGAAAAACUGACAUAACGAAAGAAAAUUGGCGGAACUUAGACAUUUUCCCGAUUGCUCAGAAGAAAGUGUUUCUGGGGGAGUGUUCUGACCAGGAGGAUUUAAAUGAGUGUCCAGUGUCCGAAAGUGUCCUGACCGUCCUCAAAACCGUCCGUAUAUGGAAGCUGAAGAAGACUGGUAAGCGGGGGUAUGACAAAUUCCGACGUACGGCAGAGUUCGUCCAGUUCGCCAGAAAGAUAUGUACAUGUCGGCCAAAUAGAACCCUGAGUCAGGAAGAAAGCAUAUUAUUUUUCCUAAACACCAGUUCCAAACGUCGUCCGGACACGCCCAACUCGCCCGACCCCCGGGUAUUGUUUGACGUCACUCCAUUCAAAGCUCUAGGUCAAAAAAAUUUCGUCAACACUGUAAGGAACUGUCUCGGAAUCCCACCAGAGUGGCGAUCAAAUGAUGACAUCACAGCGAUGACUCUCAUGUUAAGAAAAUUCAGCAAAUUUUGCAGUUAUCCAAAACACGUACAACAAGGAUUGUGUCAGCAGGGCUGGUACUCAAGAUUCGACAAGGCCUCGAUAUUAGCCAGGGAGGGAAGUCGAGCUGAUUUCUACUACCUCGUCUUGUCCGGAGUCGCCAUUUCCCGUUGUCUCGACUAUAAAGAAGACCCCGCAGCAAAGAGAUCUCAGUUUGUCGAGUUCCACAGACAAGGGGACGUGAUUGGGGAGAAGGAAAUACUGACCAGUUCGGAGCGACCAAUGACCAUUGUGUGUAAGGAGCCUGUGGAGGUGAUUGGUCUCGAUAAGGAAGAGUUUCUGAGAUUAUUUCAGUCCACCGCUGCACCACAAUGUAUCAGUUUCUUAAAUACUAUACCCGAACUGUCCGGAUUCCCGUUUCAACUCCUACAGACAUACCACUUCUCUUGUUCCGUACAUCACUACAGGAGAGGCGCCGUCAUUGUGAAGGACAGUAACGAAUCAGAAUGGAUCUACGUUAUCAAAUCGGGUUCCUGUCAGGUGUACGAGUCUGUGACACGACGAGCACGUGAAAGAACAGCAGUGAUAGGACCAAAUAAAGCACUAAAGUCUUCCCUGGAGGGUGGCCUUCCCGAGAUUGACAAAUCUAUACAUCUAGUUUCAGAUGCUUGUUCGGUCUCAUCAGUGGAGAUGUUAGGACCCCGGAAAUCCAAGUCCAAACUAGCCAAUAGUUCCUUAGCCCGCCAAAAGACAGUACUGCCUACCAUCAACACUGUCAACAUCAACGGAUCUCAGAUAUCUCCUGAAUCGACACCAAGAAGAUGUACUACAUCUCGCCAUGGGAGUCCACGGGCGGACAUCCGCAGCCCUCGGACAGACGUUCGGGAGUCCUCUGCUAAAGGGCAUACUUAUUACGUCAAAGUGGACAUCAUCACAGAACGGGAAUGUUUCGGAUUACAGUCGCUACUUUAUAAACAGUUGCCAUCUUUGAGUUUGGUCAGCAAUGGUGCCGAAUGUAUUUUGCUAUCCAAACAGUUUUUUCGGGACCAUAUGGAUGAUGACUUAAAACGACGACUUGUGUACAGAGUACCCCCGUAUCCAAGCAACUCGCACGUGAGGGACGCCGUGGAGGAUAAGUUACAUUGGGAUAUAUAUAAACACCAGGUGCUACACGACGCUAUGUCUAAAUGAAUACUAGUAUAUAUAGCCAAACCCCGUUAUCACAAACUCUGAUAACUUGGAGACUCGACUUAACUCGAAGUAGAAGUUCUCGCAUCACAUACUGGAAUUGGAACUUUUACGGAAUCGACGAUGUAACUUCAAACCCAUUUUCCGGAAUGUAAAAAAAUGACUUGUAUGAAUUUUAUCCGGGUAUGACAUCGUGUGGUGAACAAGCAGAUACUAUAGAAUCAAAAACAUGAUGCAUUAAAUAUAUGUCUAACCAGUGGGUUGCAAAUAAAAUAUU